AUGAGCUACCGUAGAACGACAUUGUUUGUUGCUGGAUUUGGGUCUCAAGUUCGUGCUAGAGAUUUGGCAUACGAGUUUGAGCGAUAUGCUUUUGUUGAGUUUGAGGAUGAGCGUGAUGCGGAAGAUGCUUACUAUGAAAUGCAUGGUCGUCGAAUCUAUGGACAUGCCUUGAAUAUUCAGCCUAGUGCUAGGAGAUCCAAAUCUGCUUCCCCAAAACGCAGUGAUUCUCGCUCACACUCUCGUGACAGAAGAGAUAGGUUAGAAAGAAGUCCAAGAGAUAGAAGCAGGGGUAGAACUUCCAGAAGUCCAAGAGGCUCAGGAGAAAGAGAUUCGAGAGACAGAACUCCAAGGGCAGCGGAACGUUCAAGAGAAAGAAGUUCAAGAGAAAGAAGUCCAAGAGAAACAACUUCAAGAGAUAGAAGUCCAGUAGCAGAUGCAAGUCCUCGAGAUAGAUCCACAUCACCUAAUCCCCGUGCAGGUUCUACAUCUCCAUCUAGUACUCCGCAUAGAUCUCAAUCAAGAAGCCCUCCGCGUGAAUGA